AUCGAGCGCUAGUGUGCGCGCCGCUUUACCUGCAGGUUUGACGGGACUGUCGGCGGGAGCGCGCACCGAGGACGACUGAAUUGCACAGAAUAAUGAACAACAAAUUUGACGCUCUGAAAGAUGACGACAGUGGAGAUCAUGACCAGGACAACGGCUCACCGAAAGACAGUGAGAAGGAAAAAAAUGAGGAGGAGGAAAAAGACCAAAACACUAACAAGAGGAGGGCUGUGGUGCCAGGGCCAGGAGAACACCCUCUUCAAUAUAACUACACAUUCUGGUAUUCUCGGCGAACCCCAGGAAGACCAGCCAGCACACAAGGCUACGAACAGAACAUCAAACAGAUCGGCAGCUUUGCUUCGGUGGAGCAGUUCUGGCGUUUUUACAGUCACAUGAUCAGACCUGGUGAUCUCACAGGCCACAGUGAUUUCCACCUCUUUAAGGAAGGAAUUAAGCCUAUGUGGGAGGACGAUGCUAAUAAAAGUGGAGGGAAGUGGAUAAUUCGGCUGCGUAAGGGUCUGGCCUCACGCUGCUGGGAGAAUCUGAUCCUGGCCAUGCUGGGUGAACAGUUCAUGGUGGGUGAGGAGAUCUGUGGCGCUGUCGUCUCUGUGCGCUUCCAGGAGGAUAUCAUAUCGAUCUGGAACAAAACAGCAAGUGAUCAGGCCACUACUGCCCGCAUCAGAGAUACCCUCCGUCGAGUUCUGAACCUGCCGCCAAAUACAAUCAUGGAGUACAAAACACACACCGACAGCAUCAAGGCCUGGGAAGAUUUCCACGGGUUGGUGAAUGCCAGCGGUGGCCGCUAGUUCUUUCCUAUGAACGAACAGUGCCAAAGGUGUGGUUCUUCAGUGUGAAAGAAAAGAACAUUGCUAGGACGUACACCUUAUUCCUUCAUCACCCGCCAUUGCUUUGAAAUAGUAUAACGAAAGAGACACUGGGGGAUUCUGGGGAAGACCAAGGUUCCUGUAUGUGAUGUUCCCGAAAGCUUCUGAGUGGUGAAGGAGUCAAAUGUGGUGUAUUUUUAAAAUGGUCAACUGUUAGACAGCAGAAGCCUUAAAACAGUGGCUGCUGAUUGAGAAGACUGUACGAUCCUAAUGGAGAUGGUGUAUCAUGCAGACAAAUCGCUAGGCACUUAACUUAACUAGUUUUCAACAAUUCAACCCUCUUAAAACGCAAGUACUUUUUAUUUAACAUAGUUAAAGGGUUACAUUUUAUUAGUGCAGUAUAGUGCAGUAUUUUAAUUACAGUGUUAAAGUUUUAUUUCAGAAGGUGUAUGAAACAAAAAAAAAAAGUAUUUUUAAACCUAUUUGAAGAGAUCUAUGUUGGCACCUGUUCUUGAUCGUUUCUUUUAUGAGUCGAGAGUCUUAAAGCCUAAAAGACGUUGCUGCCUAUCGUAUCGUGCCUGCUUCCCAGAAGCACUUGACGCUCUGUGAUUUCUCCGUGGGAGAAAUUCAGGUGGCACCACGUUCCCAGCCGAACCAUUCCCAGUCUGCUUCGCCACCGAAUAUAAACAUGGAUCCAGAUUUGGGGACUGGGUUGCUAUUGGUUCAGGUUUGUUUACAUUUCUUACAAACUGCCUGUGGUCGUGUUGGGCAGUGGUGGAUUACAGUGUUGGACGUAUCGUUUGGAUUACAGUUGACUGAUAAAAGCAAUAAAUGUCAAAUAUGCAGCUGCUGCUAACACUGGAA